AUGGACUACCUUGCGACACCGAAAAGCUCGAGACUCUCGCGUGUCAUUGUACCUUAUUUGCCUGGGUUUAGUCUCGAUGACGACGAGUUCAGCUCGUACCCAUGCCGCGCCGGCUGCGGACACAAGCAGACUCUAGACAUCACACUCCCCGCCCGAAAGCUUGCCAGCCUCGCUCAAGAAUGGCUGUUCUUCGGGCUUAUUGACGGUCUACUCGGCUGUUCUGUGGAAAGAUCUCGAUUUAUCAGCAGCGACGGGCAAUCGAUCGAUGCCACAGCCUUGCAGGCGAUCAUGACCCAGGUCACUCUUGAACUCCGAUCAGCAGACAGCCAAGGGCGUAUCAAGACAAUCCAGCACAGACUUCACACGGCUGUCGCCGCCAGCAAGAGGCUGGAACGGGUGGUCACGGACGAUGAGCCGAGCAUUGCCGUCUUUCUGUCAAUCAGAAUCCUGACGGACUUCCUCAGCGGCUUCAUCGACACUGGCUUGUUGGCCGGAGAUUUUUAUAGCUUGACAACAACUACACUGGCAUCGACUCGAGCGCCUCAUGUCACAGUGCUUGAGGACGCGUCUGUCAAGCUUGAUGAACUGACACCUGUGCAACGACUGCUAUUUAACCGACUCAAAGGCAACGGCUGGUGUCACUCACAGAUCAUCACCGUCUUUUGCCGCACCGAGCAUCUCAUGGUCUACUAUCUCAGCUUUCUGGACCGUGAUGGGAGCCCUGAUAUAAACCAUGGGUCCUGUACCUAUCUCCUCUGCAAAGCAUACAACACCAGCGCGUCCACCAAGAGCGCGCGUCACGUUGUUGACGGUUGUCAGUGCGCUUUGAUCAGCCUGCCUGAGAAGGAACUCGUGCGCAUUAUCGAGAGUGAUAAGAUUCCGCUGGUGAGAAUCAAGAUGGCGGCGGAUGAAGAAGCUUUCUUGGAACUCGAGGCUUGCUCAACGUUUUCGGAUGCGCAAUACACAGCCAUGUCACAUGUGUGGAUUGACGGGAUGGGCAACCCCGAAAAAAACGCACUGCCAACAUGCCGGCUCACCAGGAUUGCCAAAUCCCUAUCGUCGCAUGACCAACCUGGCGAGAAGUCCAUUCAAACGCUCAAACGGAGCCCACUCUUCUGGAUGGAUACUCUAUGCAUUCCUGUGUCUCCACAAUAUGCCAACAUAAGACAGAAGGCCAUCAGCAAAAUGGCACUUAUCUAUACUGCAGCCGCUCAGGUCCUCGUUGUGGAUCGUGAUUUGGAAAAUAUGAGCAUCUCGGAGCGCUCUACUGCGGAGUUGACGGCGUGGACGGCAACUUCAAAAUGGAACACGCGUUGCUGGACCCUGCAAGAAGGGGUUCUUGCACGGAACUGCCUUUUUCAAUUCAAAGACACGGUUGUUCCGAUUACUGUUGAGGAUCGGUUCGAGCAAGACAUGAAGAUGUUCGCCCAUGACAAACCGUUCUGGUAUGGCCCUGUGAUAGGGGUCUACUGGUUCGGUGAGCGUCUCGGGUGGACCACCAUUGCUGCCGGCAAUCGGUGGAUUGACGGACCGCCAAUCAACCACGCCACUGUUGCAAAUGGUGGGCUGUUCUACGGCACCGAGCCAGCAGAAAAUAUUACAAAAGACCUGAUCUAUCGUGCCUUAAGGCUGGCCACAGGCUCAAUCUCGGCUCAGAGGCGACCCUUAGAACGGUUCCGGCACAAUGCCGCUCCACCGAGCCCUGAGGUCAAGUACCUACGCCUUCUAGAUAUAUGGAACCUCCUCGGUCGACGGCAUACCACCAAAGCAGAGGAUCUUCCAGACAUCAUUGCCAAUCUGACGGAUGUCAGGGCUUCCCGACUGAGAGACUUUGCUGAGUCGGUUGACAGAAUCAAGGUCAUUCUUAACUGCAUGGAUACAUUUCCCGCUGAAAUCAUGUACAACGACUAUCCCAGACCUCGCGCGGGCCAAAACUCCGCCGAUCGAUGGAUUCCCUCGAGUCCUGGACCAGAACAGGCAUUCGGAGACGCGCGAGUGUCGCCCAAGCCCGAUGGCCUUCUUGUGCAUUCGGGGGCUUGGCCCACGUCGAGGGUCUUGAAGUCUGGAAUCUUGUUGACAGAGCCAGGUGCUAUGCUUCUAUCAACCUUUCGCAUUCGUAUGACCCGGGAAGAAAUCAAAUUUGAAGUCACUCUGAACUGCCUACUGCCGAAACAGGAUGAGUUCUUGAGGAAUGAAGGCCAGCAAGCCUGUUUGAUGCUCGACAUACACGUUCCAAAAGUCCAAGGCAAACUCGGUCAGAUCACUGAUGAGGCGCUGGUUCGCGGAGCCAGGUUAUUGCUUCUCUCGUCAAGCGAAUUGGGUAAGAAGCAUGGCACUGUUCGAGCAAGGUUCGAUUGUCCUCUUCGAGGGGUUGCUCGAGUCUGCAAAGAAGAACAGACUGCCCCUACGAUGGUCGUCCAACCCCCCUUGAUCGCUUUACGGGAAUUGCCACCCGUUUGCGACACCUUCAUAGAGCAAUGUGAGUCAGUACUCCUCUUGCACCACAGAUGUUCGUUUUUUGACAUGUUUCAUAAGCCCUUGAUGAAAGGGUUCUAA